CUUCAGCGUCCUCGUUGCAGUCGGGCAAACAUUUUCCUAGACCGCUCAACCAUCUGCUCGUCGACGAGUACUUAGCUUACGGAUCACCCGCCACGAGGAGCAACAUCAGGACCUGCCAGCUAGACACCUUUUUCGGCGCUACAUGGUCGUGAAAGGCCAAUCGUGGCCUCGGCUCACGUCCCUUAUGCUGUUGUUCGAGUGUAGGCCACACAGCUGAAAACGAAUUUGGGGCAUAUAUAGGUCUUCGAAUGGCCAUGUCAGAAGGUGUUGCACCAUACGCGCCAAGGGGUUCGAGGGAUGACCCGUCAUCCACUUCCCGGAAUACACUUCCCACGCACCCCAAGUUGCCCUUCUGGUCAGCUGGCGUGGUUCGAACAACGACCAACAAGGCACAAGACUUGGGAUCGCGGCGGAGCCUGUCAAGUGAUGAAGCAUCGAGCUCACAGGCACCUAGCCCGAAGCCAGAAGACAAAGCAGAUUCUCCCCAUCAGCCGAGGGCUGAGAUGACUGCGAUGGCUUCUCCUGGCAGGGGCAACACUUCGGGUCAAACCGGCCAAGUCUGCAGCAAUUGUGGCACGACGAGAACCCCUCUUUGGAGGAGAUCGCCCCAGGGAACGACAAUAUGCAAUGCCUGCGGCCUGUAUCAGAAAGCGAGGAACACAUCCCGACCUCCGAGUUUGAAGAAGAAGCCCCCACAACUAGUCCCUGCGAGCGCGCGAUCAGCGCCCCCUAAAAUUGCUCCUGCGCCCGGCCCUGGCACAAAAUAUCGCGGCGCGCCUGCCCCGACAUAUGUCACAGAGGAUCAAGCCCCUGCUGGCACGUGCCCGGGAGGUGGGCGUUGCAAUGGGACAGGAGGUGCUGAAGGCUGCGGCGGCUGCCCUGCCUACAAUAACCGUCUCUCCAAAGCUGCCCAGUUGAAUAUGGUCCAGAACCAGAGUUGUAGCUCCGGUCGGGGUAUGUCAGAGCCAGCCGCUGAUGACCCUGCUGCGCCAGUGGACGUAGGUGCUAUGAAUCUGCAAUACCAAAAUACCACCGUCGUCAUUGCUUGCCAAAACUGUGGCACGACAACUACUCCCUUGUGGAGGCGGGAUGAAAGUGGGCAUACGAUCUGCAAUGCCUGUGGCCUGUAUUAUAAGCUCCACGGCGUCCAUCGACCAGUGAGCAUGAAGAAGUCCAUCAUCAAACGCCGGAAGAGAGUGGUUCCGAGCUCUGCGGGCGGCGAGGACACGGAGGAGUAUGACGGAUCCGAGACGCAGAGCCAGGUUCCCGAGCCAAGCCCCGAAAGGGGCACCCUCAACGACGACGGAUCCAUAAAUCUGGGGCUGCGGCCACGGCCAGGGAAACUACCCCCGAUCCUCGCCAUCUCCGCUUUGUCCUCGCAUCACCAAAAGACCACUUUACCUCCCGUUUCUGACCUAGCCGGAUAUCAAUCUUUUCAGUCCGGGACGCCGCUUGGACAUCAUCAUGAUUUUCACUCACAUCAGAACCAGCUUGGACCCAUCGCAUCCAUCCAUGGUCACGCUGAUACACGAAUGACUCUGGCACCGGCUUCGUUUCUUUCACCACUGCGGAAACGCUCCCUGUCAGCUGCGGACGGCGAUAGCAACACUACUCUCGACGGUGGGCCUGACGCUUCGAAACGACUUUCGUCCAUCAAGUCCAUCCUCAAUCCGUGCAACGAUUUGCAGUCCACUGUCACACCACACGCAGAGCGCGAGAUUUCCGGAGUGGACUACCGUGGGACAGCCACCCCAUAUAUAAGCACUUCUCCCAGGUUAAGCUCACAUUUCACUGCUAGGGGAGCGCCUUCACUGCUUGCGAGUAGCUACCCCCACCCAUACGGUGUGCAUGAAGAUCACGAACGUCUCCAGGCCCACAGGCAGACCUUGGAACAAGAGGCGCAGAGGAUGAGGGAAGCCUUGGCCGCGAAAGAACGAGAACUCGCGAAUUUGUCGAGGCUGCGAUGA